GGAAGUUGGAUUGAGUUGGAUAGAAGUUAGGUUAAACGCCAUCAGGAUGUUUAUUCGUCUAUACGUUUGUUCCAGUAGGUGAUUCAAGUUGGUCAAUUUUCAGUUGCAACAUCCCGUGCUACAUUACAAAAUAAGAUGGAGGAAGUUACGAAGCUAGAACACCUGUCUCUCGUGUCGAAAAUCUGCACAGAGUUGGAAAAUCACCUGGGACUGAACGACAAGGACUUGGCCGAGUUCAUAAUACAUCUAGCCGAAAAGAACAAUACGUUUCCAGCGUUCAAAAAGGUACUGAUUGAGAAUGGGGCAGAGUUUUCGGACUCCUUCAUGGCCAAUCUCCUCAGAAUAAUACAACACAUGAAACCUGCGAGAGCAUCAACCGAGAAACCGUCCAAGUCUGCAAGCAAGCAAGACGAAUUGGCAUUAAAAUUCCCAGCGCUAGCGUUACCGAACGAGAAUCAACGUUCCGAGACUAACGACGUCAAGGACGAAGAUAUCGUCAACGACGUUAUGGCCUCCUUGGAAGCAUUCGCGCCGUCGAAUAAAAAACAAUCUACGAAUACCGAGAAAAGUAACGGUAAGAUUGACAACAGCGAGAAGAAGAGUAAACGAGAAAAGAAAAGCAGAAGCAGAUCGAGGGACAGAAGACGACACAGAUCCAGAUCGUCGAAUCGAAAGGAGAGGCGACACAGAUCCAGAACACGUUCCAGAUCGCGAACACGUCAUAGAUCGCGCGACAGAACGCGCAGGAGGCGCUCCGGAUCCCGCGAGCGCAGGAGAACGUCGUCCCGGGAUCGCAAAGAUCACGCGAGACACUCGAGGAGACGCGACGCCGACAGAUCCAGAUCCAGAUCCAAAUCCGCGGAGGAGACGCUCUCCUCGGAGCCGGAAGUAGGUAAGAUUUACGCCGGUAAGGUCGCGAACAUCGUGCCGUUCGGCUGUUUCGUCCAGCUAGAAGGUUUAAGACGUCGUUGGGAGGGCUUGGUUCACAUCUCCCAACUGAGGCGGGAGGGUCGAGUGGCAAACGCGAGCGACGUGGUCUCCCGAGGGCAGAAGGUCCUGGUGAAGGUUCUCAACGUCGGCGGGCAGAAGGUAUCUCUGAGCAUGAAGGAUGUCGAUCAGGAGACUGGGAGAGAUUUAAACCCGGUAGUGCCGAUCGCGAAAGCGGACGAGGACGAGAAGCACUUGCGUAAUCCGGACAGGCCUACCUCCCUACUAGAGCUUCAGGGUAAUUACGACGAAGACGAGACGUACUCGAGGAAGCGCGUGCAGCGUCUGUCGUCGCCGGAGAAAUGGGAGAUCAAGCAGAUGAUGGCCGCCUCGUGCAUCGACAGAAACGAGUUGCCGGAGUUCGACACGGAGACCGGAAUUUUGCCGCGAGAGGACGACGAAGAGGAGGACGUGGAGAUCGAGCUUGUCGAGGAGGAGCCGCCGUUCCUGCACGGUCACGGUAGAGCCCUGGGCGAUCUCAGUCCCGUGCGUAUAGUGAAGAACCCGGACGGCUCGUUGGCGCAGGCGGCGAUGAUGCAGAGUGCUCUAGCGAAGGAGCGGAGAGAACAAAAGAUGCUGCAACGCGAGCAGGAGAUGGAUUCCGUGCCCACUGGUCUGAACAAGAAUUGGAUAGACCCGUUGCCGGACGCGGAAAGCCGCACGCUAGCAGCGAACAUGCGUGGCAUCGGUUUGCAAACGCAAGAUCUGCCCGAGUGGAAGAAGCACGUGAUAGGCGGUAAGAAGUCAUCCUUCGGUAAGAAGACCAAUUUGACCCUGUUGGAGCAGCGUCAGAGCCUACCGAUUUAUAAGUUGCGCGACGAUCUGGUGAAAGCCGUGACGGACAAUCAGAUCCUGAUCGUGAUCGGAGAGACCGGUUCGGGCAAGACGACGCAGAUCACGCAGUAUCUAGCGGAGGCCGGUUUUACCGCACGCGGCAAGAUCGGCUGUACGCAGCCGCGACGUGUCGCGGCUAUGAGCGUAGCUAAGAGAGUGGCAGAAGAGUUUGGCUGCUGCCUGGGCCAGGAGGUGGGCUACACCAUCCGUUUUGAGGAUUGUACCGGACCAGAGACCAAUAUUAAAUACAUGACGGAUGGUAUGUUGUUGCGCGAAUGCCUGAUGGACCUUGAUUUGAAAACGUACUCGGUAAUUAUGUUGGACGAAGCGCACGAGCGCACGAUACACACGGAUGUGCUGUUUGGCCUACUGAAGCAAGCGGUGGGCCGUAGACCCGAUCUCAAACUGAUCGUCACCAGCGCUACCCUCGACGCAGUUAAAUUCUCACAGUACUUCUUUGAGGCACCGAUCUUCACUAUACCGGGGCGCACGUUCGAGGUCGAGGUAAUGUACACGAAGGAGCCAGAGACUGAUUAUCUAGACGCCGCAUUGAUCACCGUCAUGCAAAUCCAUCUGCGCGAACCGCCGGGCGAUAUCCUGCUCUUCCUCACCGGUCAGGAGGAGAUCGACACUGCCUGCGAGAUCCUUUACGAGCGUAUGAAAUCACUGGGCCCAGAUGUACCGGAACUAAUUAUUCUCCCGGUCUACUCGGCCUUACCCUCGGAGAUGCAAACUAGAAUAUUUGAGCCGGCCCCACCUGGCUCACGCAAGGUCGUUAUCGCCACGAACAUUGCCGAAACCAGCUUGACCAUCGAUGGUAUAUACUACGUCGUUGAUCCGGGCUUCGUCAAACAGAAGGUCUAUAAUUCCAAGACAGGCAUGGACAGUCUUAUAGUGACGCCGAUUAGCCAGGCGGCGGCGAAACAGAGAAGCGGAAGAGCUGGUAGAACCGGACCUGGAAAGUGUUAUCGGCUUUACACGGAACGAGCCUACAGAGACGAGAUGCUGCCCACGCCAGUCCCGGAAAUACAGCGUACAAAUCUGGCCACUACCGUGCUGCAACUGAAGACUAUGGGCAUCAAUGAUCUUCUGCAUUUUGAUUUUAUGGAUGCGCCGCCAGUAGAAUCGCUGAUCAUGGCAUUGGAGUCGCUGCACAGCUUGAGCGCUCUCGACAACGAGGGUUUACUGACGCGACUAGGCCGACGAAUGGCGGAAUUUCCGCUGGAACCAAAUCUAUCCAAGAUGUUGAUCAUGAGCGUGCACCUUCAAUGCUCCGAUGAAAUUCUAACUAUUGUCAGUAUGCUGUCCGUGCAGAAUGUCUUUUAUCGACCUAAGGACAAGCAGGCUUUAGCUGAUCAGAAGAAAGCAAAGUUCAAUCAACCCGAAGGCGAUCACUUGACUCUACUGGCGGUUUAUAAUUCCUGGAAGAACAACAAGCUGAGUAAUGCCUGGUGCUACGAGAAUUUUGUGCAGAUAAGAACAUUGAAGCGUGCCCAAGAUGUGCGUAAGCAAUUGCUGGGCAUAAUGGAUAGGCACAAAUUGGAUGUUGUAUCAGCUGGCAAGAACACAGUGCGUAUACAGAAAGCGGUGUGUUCGGGAUUCUUCAGAAACGCCGCGAAGAAAGAUCCACAGGAGGGAUACAGAACGUUGGUCGACAGCCAAGUGGUAUAUAUUCAUCCAAGUAGCGCAUUGUUCAAUCGUCAGCCAGAAUGGGUGAUCUAUCACGAACUGGUGCAAACUACCAAGGAAUACAUGAGAGAGGUGACGACGAUCGAUCCGAAGUGGCUGGUGGAGUUCGCACCCGCAUUCUUCAAGUUCAGCGAUCCGACCAAACUCAGCAAGUUCAAAAAGAAUCAAAGACUAGAGCCGCUCUACAACAAAUACGAGGAACCGAACGCGUGGAGAAUAUCGCGAGUUCGCAGGCGACGUAAUUAAAGAAUACGCUUAUAAUUCAUGUAAAUAUCGUUUCAGUAAUUCGAUAUAAGUAUUGUAUGGUAUUUGACGUUUCAAUUUUCUGAAAGCUUUAUACCCGUUUCCACUAAUGUAGAUUAACUUUAAAUCUCAGUUCAACUUACCUUUUAUCUUUUUCUAAUUUUUAGAACUAAAGUAAGAUAAAGAGUAAGUUAAACUAAGAUCAAAGUUAAUCUGCGUUGGUGGAAAUAGGUAUUAAUGAUAUAGAAUAAUUAAUAGGUAUUAGUGAUACAGAAUAAUUAAUUCUAGCUCUGGAAGCAGUAUUCUUAUCGUUUUUAUAUAGCUACUGCUUGCAUCUACAAUGACAAAACUUUGUGGAAACAGAACAUUUUUAUUUUGCACGUGUAACAUCUAGCAUUUUUGAUACAUUUAAAAAAAAUACUCUUUAUUACUAGGAAGCGAAGAAUGAAGAUAAUUUAUGAUCGCGAAGAUAAUGAAUUAAAUUUAUUAUGUCACGAUAAAACUAGAAAAAUGUGAUGCAAUCAUUGAAACUUGGAAACUAUGUACAAGAAUGCAAUUACAAAAAAAAGAUUAUUUACAAGUCUCUAUAAAUGUACAUAUUUGUAAACAUUUGUAAAUAUAUAACCAUAUUCAUUCACA